CAAACGCCAUGGCAUUCCGAUUCAUUCUUCUCAGCGCCUUGUGCGCCCUUGCAGCGGCUAACGUGUCUAUGGGAAGCCGUCCCCGCGUGACCAGGGCUAGCUACACUGACUGCUCCGGUGCCGCCCUCAAACUGAAUCACCUGGACGUGAACCCGAAUGAGAUCCCAGUCGGGAACGGCAAACCCUUCACCGUGACCUUUGAUGCUGACGUACUCCAGGAUGUUGUCGCCCCAGUCAAGAUGAGCGUCAAACUUCAACAGAAAUGGUUCGGUGCCUUCAUCACCAUCCCCUGCGUUGCCAAUGUAGGAACUUGCAACUACGAUGAUGCCUGUGCCCUUCUUGAUACGGUCCCCGUAUGCCCACCAGAGCUGACCAGCAAUGGCAUCACCUGUAAAUGCCCUAUCAAGGCCGGACACUAUACCAUGAACCAACAAGCCUUCCAGCUCCCACAAUUGGACUUCCCCUUCAACGUUUUGGCUAACGGCGAGUUCAAGGCUGAAGUUAGGUUGUCUGACCAAGCUGGAACCCCACUAGCUUGCCUGGACGUGCAGUUCGAGAUGGGAGGUUGCGAAGGAUGGCUCUGCAAUCUCGGACGUUAAUUCGACCUCCAUUAUACAUGAGGCUGAAAUUUUCCAUUUAUUCGCUGUUGAUUUCUGAUCGAUUUUAAUUUUGUUGUCCAUGCUGUUGACAUGAAAUAAAAAAUCAUCGAUUUUCAUAACAUUA